AUGUUUUACUGGUUUUUAUCCUACCUUUACAUUAUUCGUGUCCCACUUGUUGAAACCGUUGCUGUCGUUUCCGAUUUUCGACAGUUGGAUAAUAAUCUAAUAGAACUUCAUGAAACACUGAUUGCUACUGACAGCCAUUUACCAUCAGUCAAGAAGAUUGACAAAUGCAAUUUAUGUGUGGUUUUUCUGGAAGAUUUAAAAUUGGUCAUCAAUGGAACAGCGUCCCCAGUUGUCAGCCAGGCAAAAGAAAGUCGAAAAAUCAAUUUGUCACCGGGUAAACUCUGA